AUGACACUUGCCUCCAAAGAGGACGUGCAGACGCCAUGCAAAAGUAAUUUGACGCCUUUGCGCGAAGUUGGAGAACAAAUGACCGCUUCUGAUGAAAAAACCGUGGAUGCCCUCUCGAGGGUGCUUGAGGAGGUUCUCUCCGUGAGUUAUCUUCGCGAUCAUGCACACGAGGUGUAUGACGCCGAUACGACUGAUCCCGCCUCCCCAGCGUCCCUUUUGGCAGCUAUGGACGACGGUCUCACGGUACCCAUGUCGUAUUUGGUGGGUCUGCCGGCCGUGCGUGAAAUCAUACCGAUCGGACUGGACAACGAGAGAACGGCAGACUUAUUUGUGUCCGCCACGCGCAUGUCACAAAAGAUAGUACUGCACAACACCCAGAGAGGAUUAAGUGUCGGUCCUUUUCCACAGGCCCUUCCUCGAUCUCGAUGUACGCUACAUAUCCAGGGCGUGAGCAGCACUGUAACUGUCGCGGAUGUUCAGGAUUUAAUUCCACGUCAGAACAUUUUUCACUUUUACCGUCUCUCCCCGGAAAGCAUAAACGUUGCCUUUGAAAACGCCCGAAGUGCGAAAGAGGCUUUUGUGCUGCUACAGGGGAAGCCUAUUGGUGGAUGCACAUCAGUACAGGUGAAAAUGCGUAUGGAAAACGAAAAGCAUCCGCAGACCAUUUUGCACCGACGGCAUAACUGGACGGGCGCAAUGCCAAAAACGGCUUCUACUCCAAAUAAUAAUUCUUUAACUGCUAAUGCUACUGCUGCUGCCACUGCCAACACGAAUACCGUUUCACCUGUGGCACCGAUUGACGCAUUUGUACCUUUUUCCAAGAUGGAAGAGCUUUCUUCGGCUCGGUCACCGUGGGUAAAAGCGUCCAGGCGUGGGUCUAUGCUUCGGCAGUUCCCUUCGAUGCAGCAGCAGCAGCAGCAGCAUGCGGACAUCUUUUCACAUAGGGGCGGACGACGUGGGCCUCGCGCUGGCCUGAUGAGUGGGUUUUUUUCCGACUAUUAUUCUCCUAAUAUGCAAUGGUUGACGAUACAGAGAUAUAUGUGGAAUAAUGCCGCCGCUGCUGCCGCUAAUGCGAACGAUGCAUAUCAAAGGCAAUGGGAUGAAAAUGAAUGUCCGUCAAUAAACACGGCUUUUGGUUAUAUGGGCAACGGUGCGGGCAUGCAGAAUCCCGCCUUAGCACCCCCGUGUCCUGUGGGUGACGAUCACUCGAGUCCAGAAGAGAAUGCGUGGUUGGCAUGUGGUCCAAAUCUAGAGCCAGAAAUCUUGGGGUAUAAUGCACCAUAUACGGUUGAGAUGCAACCCUUUUUAAAUGAGGACAAUUAUGUGAAUUUACCAACGGAGACGACACAAAGUUUUGUUAAUGGACCUGCGUGUUCGGCACGUAGGCGUCGUGUUCAGCGGGACCCAUACAAAGGGGGCAUUUUGGUCGAUAGCCCGGAGGUGAGCAAUAAUGUAUCAACAGUUUUUGUUUCACCGGGGUCCGUGGCAAGCUACAAGCCACGCCCCAUGGACUGCAGAAUUCUCUCUCCACGCAUGCUGCAUCCUGAGGAUUUUACAGAACCUGCGGAAAAAGCAAAACCGGUAUCAUCCAUGACAGAUGACGAGUCACCAGCACAAUUAACUCCAUGCGAGACAAACAGCCAGGCGCAUAGCGACGCCGAGAGUGGUGUGAGGCAGCAGGUAUUAUGCGAGGGGGGUUGA